AUGGACUUGCCUUGGAACACAUCUGACCUCAGCGAUGGAUCUGCGCAGAUCAACCCUGGAGAAUGGAAUAUGCUACGCUGGGCCGGCCUGCUCACCCUGAUCGUCAUCAUACCCACCAUCGGAGGGAAUAUCCUCGUCAUACUGGCCGUAUCUUUGGAGAAAAAAUUACAAUAUGCGACCAAUUACUUCUUGAUGUCUUUAGCGGUGGCCGAUCUCCUCGUUGGGCUCUUUGUGAUGCCGAUAGCCCUGCUAACUCUGUUGUUUGAAACACCCUGGCCGCUUCCAGCCUAUCUCUGUCCCGCCUGGCUGUUCCUCGACGUCCUCUUUUCCACGGCCUCCAUCAUGCACCUCUGCGCCAUCUCCCUGGACCGCUACGUGGCCAUCAAAAAGCCGAUCCAGGCCAGCCAGUACAACUCACGGGCAACCACGCUCAUCAAAAUAUCCGUGGUCUGGCUGAUCUCCAUCGGCAUCGCUAUUCCAAUCCCGAUUCGCGGGAUAGAAGAGAACGGCGCCAACUUCCAAAACUUCACUUGCGUGCUGAAGCCCAGUCGUUUCGGAGACUUCAUCCUGUACGGUUCGAUAGCGGCCUUCUUCGUCCCGCUGGCCAUCAUGGUGGUGAGUUACUUCCUGACAAUCCGGGUCCUGCACAAGAAGGCUUACCUGAUCAACAAGCCGCCGCAACGCCUGACCUGGAGCACCAUCUCCACCGUCUUCCAGCGGGAGACGACGCCCGGAUCCUCGCCGGAAAAAAUCGCCAUGCUGGACGGCUCCCGCAAGGACAAAGCUUUGCCGAACGGGAACGAAGAGCCGCUGGUCCGCAGGAUGUCCACCGUCGGGAAAAAGUCGGUGCAAUCCAUCACCAACGAACAGCGGGCGUCUAAGGUGCUGGGGAUCGUGUUCUUCCUCUUCCUGGUGAUGUGGUGCCCCUUCUUCAUCACCAACAUCACCUCGGUGCUGUGCGAAUCCUGCAGCGAGGAAUUUAUCCAGAUGCUGAUGGAGAUCUUCGUCUGGAUCGGCUACGUCUCCUCGGGGGUCAAUCCGCUGGUCUACACCCUUUUCAACAAGACCUUCAGGCAAGCCUUCGGCAGGUACAUCACCUGCAAUUACCAGACUUCGGCGGCCGCAACGGCCUCCCGGAAAACCUCCGCCAGACUCUCGUUCAGAAAUUCGGUGACGGAGAACUCAAAGCUUUUUAUGAUGCACCACGGGAGGCGGAACGGCAUCAAUCCAGUCGGCUACCAAAACCACCGGCUUCGUAGCUCCCCCAUCCAGUCCUCGGCCAUCCUGCUGGACACGUUGCUCCUGACCGAGCACGAACUGGACAAAACAGAAGAACAAGCCAGCUACGUGUAG